AAUAAAUGUCUGUUUUGGCAAUAGAAGCAAAUAUAAAUCACAAUAAAUAUUUAAAUUAAGGUAUUGAUGGCUUUUAUAAAAUUAAUUGCCCGUGGCUUUUUUAGAAAUUUAGCGUCAAACAUUUAUGGUAAUACGCGUACAAUUAGUCAUUUGGCAUAUCAUCAUGAAUCCAGUGAAGACAUGGUACAAAGGUACGAAUGUUAUUUCCAACGAGAUGAUAUAGACGGUUGGGAUGUUCGCCAAGCAAUGAACGACUUGGUUGCAUAUGAUUCUGUUCCUGAUCCGAGAAUAAUAAUAUCCGCACUGAACGCUUGCAGACGCUUAAAUGAUUACGCGCUUACAGUUCGCUUUCUUGAAAGCGUUAAAGAUAAAUGCGGUAACAAAGUUAAGCAGAUUUGGCCAUAUAUUGUGCAAGAAAUUUACCCCACUAUUCAACAACUUGGAUGCGAUCUUCCAGAAGAUUUAGGCUUUGACAAGCCCGAGAUGUAUCUGCCUUCGGUUUAUGACAUGUAGUUGUUUAAUUAAUUAUUAUUAUUAUUAAGUUUUUUUACAACCUUUGUAAAACGUUUAAAUAAAG